UUAACAAUUGUAAAAUAUUUUAGAAAAAAUAUUUUUAUUAUUUUUAUUAUUAUUACACUACAAAUAAAUAAGGAUAGAGUGUGAUCAAUAACCUGAGUACAUGCACUGUACAUAUUUGUACGGUACUGCAUACUGUUAAAUGUGUUACGUGUGUACACAUAAAAAAUAGCGAGUAGGAGGCGAAGGAGGUGAGGAACGGACGAAGUAAAGGGAAAUUGUGAGGAAGAAGGCAAGAUGUAAUCUUUUGUCUCUCUCCAACGUUUGUUUGUAUGAAGCUUACCUGUACGACCUACAUACCACAUAUACCUUGAGUGUGUGACUGUGGUGUGUAGCACAUAUAUAUAAAUAUAUAAAUACACACAUAUGUGCAUAAGAAGAGUGUGAUGCCGGCAAAAAGGACGAGUCUGAGGAGGUAAACAAGGAAGAAGAGAUGGAGCAAAGGAACGAGAUAUAAAUACAAUAUUUUUAAGGAUCUCUAGAAUUUUUGGGGCAUUUUUAAUUGUUAAUUUUUAUGCAAGUUUGGGAAGAAAUGCGGAGGAAGAAAUAAUCGAUAUGAUUUGACGGGUUUGGAGUUUAGUUAUUAGGAGAGAUAAUAAGUGGUCCCGGAAGAUAGUACCGAGUUUACCGGUACAUCAAGCUGGAUUAUUUUUAGCGAGUUCUGGCGGUAAGAUAAACCGGUUUGUAAUCGUGAUCUGGAAGCGGAGAGGAGCUGAGGAAGACAAGAGGAGAUUGCAGGUUCGGAGGAAGGCUCGUGGUUAGAAAAUAAAUUAUUUUUUUAUUUUAGUAGGGAGGAUAAAUAAAAACGAAAGUUUUGGGGAAAUUUUGAGAGGAAAAUUUUGAUUUUUUUUAUACGGUUUAAUUCCAGUUUAAUGAAUAACAAUACGAGCAGGAUUGAGGGGAGAGACAAAAAUUUUAUUUUAAAAAGUGAGUUAAAAUGAUAACGCAGGAAUUUAUGUGCGUCAAAUGUGUUUCGAAAAUGGUUAAUCGUCCAACUGAGUAAAUAAAAAGUCCUGGUAUCAAUACAAUAGAUUAAUAUAUACUUUUUCUAUAAAAUAUAUGUGUAUUACAAAAUAAGUAAAGUGUACACUUGUUAAUCGCCGUGAGCUAACGCGAUAGUGGGUAAUAGUGAUAAUGAUAAGGAAUAUCAAAUUCAAAUAGUAGUAUUAAUGUUAAAUAUUAAAUAUUUAAUAUUGAAAGAAAAAAUAUGAAGUAAUAUAAGUGUUGAGAAUUGCAUGGUGUAAUGGAAGAUUGCGGGGCCCGUUGGCGAGGUCGGUAAAGAGAAAGUUAUCUAUUUUGAUCGGAUCCCUUUCCAACCACCGGUUUUUCAUGUCGGAGAAAUAUAUAUUGGUGAAAUUAAUCGCUGGCUGGUUGUGAUAGUAAAAGGAAAUUAUUGUAAACACAUGUAGAGAGAGAGAAGAAAUUAGCUAAUCGAGGACAACGGUAUGAAGAAUGGCGGAUCCGAGAAACCGUCAAGGUGUGCGCGGGAUCGCUGCCACUGCGACCGAACCCAGAAGAGGAAAACAAAGGGCCCUGGCAGCUCGCGGGGCCGCAGGGGCACUCGUCCUGGGGAUUCUCGCGGUUGUUCUGCAAUCCGCGGCAACCGCGACUCCUGCCUGGGGAUACUUCACCACUCCUGAACGAAUUUCUGCUGAAAAAGGAUACUUUGGUCCUUGGAGACAGUGCAAACUUUUGCUUUAUAAUCGGGAAAGAUGCGGUACGGGUGUAUCCAGAUUUCAACCAGUCAUGGUAGUCUGGGUAGCUGGAAUAGCAGCAGCAAUAUCAUCUGGACUACUAGGACUAUUGGUAUUACUGGCAGUCCUCCAGCUAGCCAUGGCCUCCUCAGCAAAGCGGAUGGUAAUCUCCUACAGCACAGCCUUGAUCGGAAAAGUUGCACUUGGCACACUGGCCAGUUGUUUGUCGAUAGUCGCUGCAAGUUUAUUUGCAUUGCAAACCGAUGACCGAGCCAAUAGUUACAUUAUCACUCGAGGCGAAGGUUUUUAUAUGCAGUUGGGAGCGAUAGUUUUAAAUUUCGGCGUUCUGAUAUCCUCGGUUUACGAGGGAAUAUACGCAAGAAGAGGAGGAGAUCCUACGAAGAUACGGGAAGUAGUGGAUGUACGUUCGACGACAAUCAAUAAUCCCGGAUACAGAGAACAUUCAACCAAUGGUAUCUCAAUGACUGACGCAAGUGGAAAACCCUACGUCGGAGGAGUCACUAAUGGUUCAAUGGCAUCAGUAACGACUUCUGGGAGUGUGGGUAGCACGAUAUCACCGCUUCGUAGUUCUCUAAAAAAGCCAAAACCCUUAGGAAUCCAAAACCCUGGAUUUUCUACGCACAGCCCGACGCUUUCCAGAAACGGGUCGCAUAAAAAAGUCAGGAUUCAAACACAUUCAACCGAAGUCUAAGUCUAAUAAUUUUAUAACUUUUUAAAAUAAACUCCGAACUAUUUUUAAUUAGUGAAUAAUUGGAAUUAUUCCAAUUAAAAAAAAUGUGUUGUGAUAGUUGCGCGAUUUUUUAAAAAGUGCUUUUUAUUUAAAUUCUCCGCGGAGAAUUUUUCUGCGUGAAGAUAUUCUAAAUAAAACACAAGCAUGAUGAAACUAAAAAUGAUAUUGUAAUUUUAGUUGAAUAUAUUAAUUUAUAUAUUCCGUCCAGCCCUUCGUCGGCAGCUAACCGUUAAUCGGUAUAAAACAGAGAGAUAUUUAUACAUAGAUAUAUUUUUUAGCGAUUCUCUUAUAUAUUAAUAUAUUUAAAUAUAUAUAUAGUUAUUAUAGAA